AUGGCAUUCGCUCUUCAAUUGCACAAGGAUCUCGAAUUCGAUCCAUUGAGACCCGGAACGCGGCUCAGCUUCACGGAUCGUGAAAUCCGCAGGAGGACCAUGUGGGCAUGUUUUCUCAUGGACAGGUUCAACUCAUCCGGAACCGACCGGCCGACUUUUAUCAAAGAGGAGACCUUGAGGAUUCCGCUGCCGAUAAAGGAGAAGAAUUUCCAGUUUGAAGACAUGCCAGGCAUGACAGAAAAUCUGCAGGGCGAAGUUCCGAAUGGGGCCGGUUUAGACCACAUGCAGAAAGCGGACGCCAAGAACAACAUGGGCGUAGCCGCCUACAUGAUCAAGGCGGUAGCAAUCUGGGGUCGUGUGAUCAACUACCUCAACCAGGGCGGGAAGGACCUGGACGACAAGCAAAUGUGGGACGCCGAUUCCGAGUACAUGAAGCUCAUCAAGCAAGCCGAGGAUAUGGCAUCUUCAUUGCCCGAAUCGCUGGUAUACAACCCAGACAACCUCCACUUACAUGAUACAGAAGGCAUGGCGAACCAAUUCCUCUUCCUCCAUAUCGCCAUCCAGCAAAAUAUCCUAUUCCUGAGCCGAUUCGCCGUCUCUUCACCGAACGCGAACUCUCUCCAGGACAUCCCCAAAUCGUUUGUCACCAAGGCCGGUGCGAAGGCCUUCUGCGCGGCGAACCGCAUCUCCGAGCUCCUCAAGGAUUCCGAGUCCUGCAUUAUUACUGCGCCUUUCGUCGGCUACUGCGCAUUCCUGUCCAGCACGGUGCACAUCUUCGGUAUUUUCUCCGGGAAUCCCACUAUCGAGGCCACAUCAAAGAGGAAUCUGGCAAUCAACAUCAAGUCGCUUUCGAAGAUGAAGCGCUUCUGGGGCAUGUUCCAUUUCAUGACAGAAAACCUGCGGGAUCAAUACCGCAACUGUGCCGACGCAGCACGGCGUGGCACUCUUCCGGGCGACGCGUCCUCGUCCCCCAUCUUCCAGUACGGAGACUGGUUCGAUCGAUACCCCCACGGCGUGUCGCAGUCCGAUUUUGUCGACCCGGCCAUGUACAAAAACAAAGAGAAGGGCGAAGACGCGGUUCUGGAGCAGAAGCCCGAGCUGCACACCGUGGAGGAGUUCUUCACGACGCUGUCCCCGCAGGCCAAGGAAGCGGGAGCACGCUCCAACUCGAUGUCCUUGAAAAAGGCCAAGGCGCUCGCAGCGAAGAGGCACAGCAUAAGCUCGGCUCGCAGCGACCCCCACGGGACGGGCCACCCCCUGGAGCCGCUGAUGACGGACAUGAACGCGGACCAAUUGCAGCGGCUGCAGCAGCAGGGCCGCUAUCCCGGAGCCGCCCUUGGGGGCCAGACGAGCCGCGCGGCCAGCUUCUCGUCCCUCAGCGCCGCGCCGCACUCGGCCGCGUACCACGGCACCAUCUCGCCCAUCAGUCCGGUCACGGUCGGCCACGGGCAGUUCGGCGGGGGCGGGCACCACGGCAUGUACGGCCACGACAUGCUCUCGCUGCAGCUCGCGCAGAACGGCUUGCUCCCGCACUCGAUGCUGGGGCCGCCGUACGUCUCCGCGGGGCUGGACCCCAGCGCGUCGGCCGCCAUGAUGGACGGGCUGCCCGGCUGGGACGGCGCCGAGAACAACGGCGGGGCCAGGGAGGCGUGCCGCGGGUCCGCCGACGGGCCGCACAACAACCCGCACCACACCGUCUUCGGGCACGGCCACGGGCACGACGGCGGCUCCGCGGCCUGGUUCAUGCCCUUCAACUCGGCCGACGUGGGGGACGUCGGGGGGCUGGCGUCCGCGAUCGACGGGUUCGGCACAAUGUUUGGCUCCGGCGCUGGGGGCCACGGGUCGGGGAUGGGCGGGGGCCAUUGA